AUGAACGAGAUGACUUUACCACGAAAGAAAAUAGCAAAGUCCUGCGAUGCUUGUAGGUCCAACAAGAGGCGAUGUAACUCGCAAGAUCCAUGUACAUUUUGUGAAUCUCGAGACAUAAAAUGUACUUAUUCCACCGUGAACAAACCGGGAAUCAAGCCUGGUUUUGGUAAGGAAACCGCCAUAAGAUUAAAGGCACUCGAAGACCAAAACCAGCUCAUUUUGGAAAGAAUGCAAUUUCUUGAGGGGCAAUUUAAGCGCUUGGAAAAACCCGGUUUCGGACAGCACAGGAGUCAUGAAACGGCUCCCACGUUGACUCUGCUCUUAAAUCCACCAAAUCCUCAAGUGGCAGGAAUGGUACCAUUUGACCAUGGUCUUCCCAGCGUGGAAACAAUUAUCCAAUUGGUGGACGCUUUCUUUGAACAUGUGUUUCCUAUAUUUCCAAUUCUUCAUCCUCGUCAAACCAGAGCUAAAAUAGAGGCAUACAUCGGCCAGUUUGAAUAUGUGGAAAAAAAUGGAGUCACCGACCUCAAGGAACCUCCCUUGGUAUUGUAUGGAAUAUUAAUCAAUGCACUUCCUUAUGUGCUCGUGGAGGGCCUGGAGGCUCUCAGCAAGCUUUGCAAGCAAAAAAUCGUAUUGGAUGGAUAUUCUGUAUCGUCUUUAAAACAGCUCCAAGCCAUAACUUUACUAGCAUUUCACACUUUGGGCAACAAUAAUGGCACAGAGUCAUGGUCGUUGAUAGGAAUUGCAACCUCAGGAGCUAUCCACUUGAAUUUGUCCGAUAUUAGCCUGAGUAUUCCACCAUUACCCAACCAUUCUCCACGGUCAGAUGUCUCCGCCAGUCAACCUACCAACACGAGAGUAUCUGCUUUGAGAGCUAGAAUACUCAAAAGUCCCCAGUCGUGGAUUGAAGUGGAGACAAGAAGGCGACUCUUCUGGGGAAUUUAUACGCUUGACGUUUUAAGUGCAUUAACUUCAGGGUUGCCAAGAAAGCUACCCAAUUCUGAAGUUCGAAUACAACAACCGAUUCUGACAGAAUUAUGGGUUGGAGAAAUGAAUGAGCCAGAUGAAUCUCAUCCCGGGUCCUUGGAUGCGUUCAGUCACUUUAUUAAAGCAAGUCAAUUCUUUGGAGAUGUGCAUUCGUUCUUGUUGCAGCCUCAUGAUAUUUGCAGCAAACCAGAUGUAGGAAAUUGGUUCUUUGAGUUUCACAAAUUGGAAAACAAUAUCGAGCGCUGGAGAGACAAUUUGCCUGAGCCAUUCAAGACCACUUUGUACAAUAACGUUAUUCCUGAUUUGGACCAUACAAGUUAUAAGCUGUGCAUCUUGUUCCAUUCUGCUUACAAUGUAAUGAUGAUCAAGCUCCAUAGUGCUUAUGGCUAUCCACAUGCUGAAUCCAUAGAGUUCACGCAUUCGGUCAGUUCUCGCAAGUUGUGCUUGGAUGCUGUCAACAACGUCAUUACAGCUGCCAUUAGCGUACUGGGAGUAGAAAGAAACAUGGGUAUCUCGAUUUUUCAGCAGUUAGGACCAUUCUAUGCUUUCCACAUUUGGGUGUGCUCCAGGUUGUUGAUAGCAGACUACAUUUUCAAACAAAAGGAUUCACAACCAGUCGACAAAGAAACUUUGAGUGAACACUUGAAACUCUUUUGUGAAAUUCUUCACUCUAUCGGGAAAUACUGGGGUGCAGCUUACAAAUAUUACCGGAUUUUAAGACAGCUUAUCAACCUUGACGUAUCAUUUGACACCAACACAGCAGCCAAUGGAAACGAGGAAGAUAUGGAGCCUUCUUCCGCCAUUGCUGACAUGAGGAUCAACACACACCUCCUCUCAAUGAUUUUGUCAAAGAAGUUGAAGGAAGCCACCGGCACGGCCGAUAUUGAGAUACUUGACUUGGAAAUCGCAGACAACCAAGAACUACUAGAAGUAUUCAAACUUGACUCACAUUCGCAUGGCUUUGAGGACUUUUUCAAAUUUUUGGACAAUAACAAUUUCAGCGGAUAA